UAGAUACGAAACUAAACACAAGUUUAUUGCGCAGCGUUGCAGUGUAUUAAAAUCCCAUUUUCACGUGACGUGAAACGAUUGUCUGCACUGGAAAAAGCGGAUUUACGAACGACAGUCUAGUCACUUACGUGGCGACGAAACUUUUAAACGUAUAGGUGUAUCGAGUGUGCUUAUGUUCCGAUCUCGUAGGUCUAUCUGAUACGAUGUAAAACGUUCGUGUUCAAUGGAGUACGGUGGUACGACCGAUUGUUAGAAGCGUCAUUGGAAACGUUGUUUCGAUUGCAGCACGAUAUUUAUAUGUGUCAAUAAAAUUUCCAGAAAGCUAUACAUAUUUAACAAACCUCUAGCCAGUGGACGAAACAUAUUUACCGAGUAAAUAUGAGACGCAAGAGCGAAAGAAACAAAGGAAAAGCAGCAAGUCCGGAGAAGGAGGUUGAACGAGUAACGCGAAAAUCAACUCGAAGAUGCGUAAAGCAAGUAACAUCAACAUCUCCGGAGCAAGAGAACGUUGAGGAAAUACCAAAAAGUGUGAGCAAUAAAGUCACGGAAAAAAAGUCAGCUCACGUUCAGAGAAGGGAAGUGGAACAACUGGAAGAACAAAACGAAAAGGUCUUAUCUAGCGAAGCGGAUGUUAAGACCAAGGUGCAAGAAGAUGAAGAAGACAAUAAUACUGGAUCAGUUUGGAAAGUGUCAAGAGCCGACGCGUCGCCUGGCGAGAUACAGAAAUUAAAAUUAUCUAGACAGCAUAACAUGUCGGAAAGAUUAUCUGAUACUUCUUUAAAUAGGAAAAAAUCGAACAAGUGGCAGGAAAGUGGUGAGGGAGUUGCAGAGGAGGUUGACUCGGCAGACAAGCAACUGGUUUCUUGUACGAGAAUACCCAGUAGCGCUGAACAGCCGAACGAUCCCUCCUCUUCAUACCCAGGUCAGGACUCCAAUGAAGAGGUAAGUGAUAGCAAGGAGAUCCUGCCUGAAACCACUUCAGCCAACUUGUCUGACGAUAAACCAAACAUAGAUCAGCAAGGUGAAUCAAAUGAGGCAAAUUUCUCCAACGAAAACGCUGAUAGUGAACCCAUUAAGUCGAGUGAUACAACCAUGUUGGCUCCUAGUUCGAAUGGUAAUCGCUCGUCCGAGGAGACAAACCAAAUUAUACCAAAGGAAGAAAAAUUCGUGGAAGACACUAACGAAAAGACAGUGGAAAUAUUCAAUAAAGAAGUUAGUUCCGAGUGUGUUGAAAAUACUCAGAAAGAUUCGAGCAGCGAGGAUGAAGACGAAAAGGGAAAAGCUCGUGAGCUAAAUUCAUCGUCUGAAUCGAAUGACGAGAUUCACGCUAAGAGCAAUAGAGCCAGUGGCAGGAUACAAAGUGCCAGUCGCAGAAAACAUCGAACGAAAUAUCGAGAUUCAUCUAACUCUGAUACAGCAGAUUCUGAGGAUGAACCUUCUAUUAAGAGAGAACUUGAAAUUGAUGUUUACAUGCAAGAAGAGAAAGUAAAUGUCGAGGAUUCCCACAAACAGAAAGAUCAUUCUGAGUCACCGAAAGCAAGAAAUAAUUUUUUAUUGAAUAACAUGGAAAUGGAUGUAGAACAUUGCGAACCAAAUAAACAAAAGUUAGAUAGUCUAACUGAUAAGUCGGAAUAUCCUGUAACGACAACGACUCAAUUGGUGACUUACAAACCUGUAAAAGUAAAUUUGAAAAGAUCAUUUUCCUCAAGAAUAUUAACAGAAAAGAAUGAUGUUAAAAAAGAAGAUAAUGAUGCAAACGCAAACAAUGAAACAGGUGCUCCAAACAAGGAAAAUCACGAUAGCACCGAACAAGAUUCAAAAUGUGCUCCUAGAAAACGUCGAUGGGGCACUGCAUUGUCUACUGAUACUGCACCUUCGUUUUCAAUUUCUACGGAUUCACUAAAAGCAUUGGUGCCCGGAGCAAGGCCAUUGUCGAUAAACGAAGUUCGUCUUUCGAAAGACGACGAUGAAGAUAGAGAUCGUUUUCGAGUUAGUGAAAAGUGGCACAAUUCUACUGAAGGAGUAAAUGAUAAUAAAUCAGGUGAUGAGAAUAUCAUGCAAAAAAAUGGUGCAACAAAGAAGGGAGACGCAAAAAUAGAUAAUCACAUAGCAGCAAGGCGUAAAAUAUCGAUUGUUAAAGAAAUGCCACAUGUAAAAUCUCCGAGUCCACCUGCUACAAAGCCCACAAAUAUCCUUUUGAUUAAAAACUUGGUUCGUCCUUUUACUUUGAAUCAAAUUAAAGAACUUCUGUCGCGUACUGGCACAAUCGUCGAAAAUGGAUUUUGGAUGGAUAGAAUCAAGUCCAAAUGUUUUGUAGAGUAUGCCAAUGAAGAUCAAGCAUUUGAAACGAGACAAGCUUUACAUGGUAUAUCUUGGCCGAUUUCAAACCCGAAAAGGCUUCACGUUGAAUAUGCAACCAAAGACGAUAUGGAAUUGGCACGUGAAUUGUCGAAAGACCAGUCCAUUCCAAGAAAAACGGAACCUCUUAUACCGUCUGAUUCGUGGCAGCAGGAUUGGAAUCGCGAAGAGAGAACAAGUGCAAAGGUAAUGGUAGUUCGGGAAUGGGAUCUUGGUAAAGAAGAUGGUCAACAGCAUAUAAAGGAAAAAGAACGUGAAAAGAAAGAGCAUGAUAAAAAAAGGCGGCAGAGGAGCCGGAGUCCAGCAGUGGAAGCACACCUUCCAGCUCCAGCUCGUAAAUUUAAAAAAAAAGAGGAUGAACCACCGCCAGCGAAGCUCUUAGAUGAUCUUUUUAGAAAGACAAAGGCAACACCAUGCAUAUAUUGGUUACCACUCACGAAUGAACAGAUAGUCGUAAAAGAAGAAAUGAGAAGGCAGCAUAUGGCAGAACACGCACGCAGACUAGAAGAAAUGAGACGCGCUGAGAGAAAUAACAGGGACGGUCGUCGUCGUCGUAGCCCGAGAAAAUAGUUUUUUGAUCGACCACUUUCGAUAAACGUACUUUUCCCUCUCUGAUGCAAAAAUUUCAUUUUUGAUUAGAUUACGUUUUUACAAAUGAUCAUUUAUGAAUCACGGAAAGACGAAUCUUUUCAUUUUACAUUGGAGACAGACUUGCCGAAAAAGCUCCUUCAAUUUUGCUUUCUCAAUUGUUUCGCGAUUUGCUGUUUUAUGAUUAACGGUUUAACAAUAUAGUGUUAGAGUUUGCGUUUAUUAUUCUUCUACUCUUUUUUUUUUUUCUUUUUCUUUUUUUUUUUUUUUUUUUUUUUUUUUUUUUUUUUUUCUAAUUUAGAAAACGCGAGAAUUCUUGAUUCUUUGCAUUAUUCCUCUUUUCUUAUUCUGCCAUCGAUUUCGUAUAUUUUGUUUUUCUAUUUAAUUUCAGUUCAUUUCGGUCGCCAAUUUUUGACGCCAAUUGGUCAGAAACUGUACAAAUUUGUUGCAUGAUCAAGAAACGACCCGAUCUCCGAUCCAUUCCCCCUGAAAUUUCAGCAUUAAACCAUACUUCUUACAGGUCGACAUUAACUAUCCAACAGACCAGCGUAACUUCGUAGAACGAACAGUAGUGUUUGCAUCUAGGAGUGAUGCAUCAUCACGUUCUACGAUACGUCGUAGUGCGAUAUCGCAAAACGUGCCCUGGGAAUCGAAGAAUAAUCGAACGAAAAAACUAUCUACGUAGGGGAAAAAAUACUCGAGACGAAUUUAGUAUUCGUGAUUAUCGACAAACUUUAUUUGUCUCCUUACGAGAAACUAAAAAAGAAAAAAAGAAAAAAGAAAGAAACGAAACUAAACCGGAAUAAAAAGAAAUUAUAAGUUGGGAUGAGUUGCUGAGAGAGUAACGACAAGAAGUAAAAAAGCUCACAAUGAGAAUGGUGGAAAGACUGUGUGGUUCGUUGACAUAAAGUCAUCCUAAAGCAUCGAUGGGAGUUUUCUCUCCUUGGAAUUAUCUGUUUUUUUUUUCCCUCUCUGUCGGUAGAAUAGCCUGACUUCCUUGAAUUUUGACAUGUGCUACACACAUACACACACAUACACACAAGUGGUGGUAGUAAAAUGUAAAGUUUUGGUGUUUCUCGUUUUCGCGCAAUGAAUUUGCACAGCCGGAAACACGUUUGUAUAUAAAGUAUAAUUCAAUACGCCGUGAUAUGACAUGUAAAAUUAUUAAUAAAUGUAAAACACUAUAGGAUAUAUACGAAAAGUAUAUCUGCCGCUUGCUUUGUACAAUGUCAUACCAUAUUUAAAAGAUUUGUUAAUCAUCCUUGAAAUAAGAUCGAAAAUUUACGAAGAUGAAACGAAAGAAGGAAAAUACAUACAUUUUAGAACGGAAAAUGAAUUUAUUCGUUGAGUUUAUUUCAUUUUUCUGUCUAAUUUAAACGAGAAAUGUCGUCGAAAGGGAAAUCGUUUCAACGAAAAAAGGAAAGAAAAAAAAGAACAUACUGUGUGACAAAAUAUCUGAGGCAUGGGCAACUAGGAAAAUAACUGUUAACGUAAACUUAUUCGAUCUUUAUUUAUAUUAACAUCGUUAACGCUAAAGUUGUAAUUGCUUCAAUUUACAAAAGUCGUGAAUUACAGAAUAUGUGCAUGUCAGCUAUUAAUUAAAGUAUUUCACAAUCACAAAUACUAUGAAUAGAAAGAAUAAAAGAAAACUGAAAACUUCAAGUUCGGCAUGUAACUUAACUACCAGUUUGUACAACACUAUAUAUUUUUUCUGCAAUUAAACUAAUCUUAAUGA